UAAAUAAUUGUUAUCUGUAAUAAUUAUUGUAUUAUCCGUUAUCAGGUGCUUUAUCAAAUAUCAUUAUCGCUUAAUGCUUAUCAUUAUUUUUUUCUGGUAAAAAUGUUUUUAAGUUUGAACUCGGCUCAAUUACUGCUGCCUGUAUAGGUUUUACUCCAAAGUGGCAAAGUCUAGCCGCUUUUGAAUUUUUGAUGUUGAUCGACAAGUGAGUACAAGUGUCUGAAACAAGAAGAAAGUUGUUUAAUUAAUCACGUAAUUGGAUAGAUUAAAUAGACGUAUCUAUCGGCUUGAUAGAUUUUGUUUUUCAUCUAAUCUGUAAGACUGUAACUUACUCUUGAAAUGGAAGACGAGAUUGAAAUACGCAAGAUUCAAGGGUUAGAACUGAUAUUGAAAUCAAUAAAUUGUGAAAAGUAUAAAUCCAAAUUUGAAACUCAUGGAAUUAAUGAACACACGUUAAUUCUGAUGUCAGCGGAUGAUCUCAGAAGCCUGGAUGUUGAUAAUAAUGACAUUUAUACUAUAUUGAAUGCAAUAAAUAUACUCAAUAAAACAUUGAAUCAUAGCGAAAUACGAUUAUCAAAUGAUGAUAUUCAAAAAUUACAAUCCAACAUUUGUGGGCAACUUGGAUAUCUUGCUUUGGUUUUAAAUCAUAUACAUCAUUCAAUCACUAGUGAUAAAAAUAUUUUAAAUGACAUGUUAAUUGAUAAUCAUAUAUCAGCAAUUGAUGCAGCUUUAAUGUUAAAGCCAUACAUGAGAGCAGAAGAAAAAAACAUAGAAAAUACAUUAAAAAAUGUUUUUAAGAUUAAAACAAGAAGUAAAACUAUCAUGAUUACCACGACAAUGUGUAUAGUCCUUGUAUUUGGUCUUACAUUUCGACGUCUACAUUAUUCAUUCAACUUUAAAGCUAUAUUCUAAAAUUUAAUAUCCAACAAUUUGGAGUGUAUUAUAUUAAUUAAAUAUUGUAUAAUUUCAUAACAUAAUUUAUAUUAUGCUAAAGACUAAAGACUAUUUUUAUGAAUCUCAAAAUUUAAUUCCAUUUUUAUUUGUAUCAAAAGUUUAACAACUUAAUUUUAUAUUUUUUUAAGUUUAUGUGCAUACAAAGUUAAUAAUAUUAAAUAAUCUUGUUAAAAUAUUUUUCUCAAUCUUCACCUUUUGGAUUUGUACAAUAAUUAAUCAUAAAAUAUGGACAUGUUACUGAGUUUUGAUAUUUGGUAUUUAUCUUAACUUAUUAGUAAAUAAUAAUUAUGUACUGAUGUAUUAUUUUAAAUAAUAAAUUGUUGCAUUUAAAAAAUAAUAUUAAUUUGUGUGUCACUGUAAACCUAUUAGGCGGAAUUGCAUUAUAAUCUUUUGAUAAUUUUUAUAGAUUGUUUCUUUCUUAAAAAUAACCUUUUCAAAGUACCAACUAAAAUUGAUAGAUAGGGCUACUUUAAACUUAGAGAGUGUUCAAAAACAAACCAUACUAUUUCAAUUUAUUCAGAAACAAAUAUUUAACAGUUUACUAACAUUUGAGAAUUUGUAAGCAAAAAUUGAAAA